AUAGAGAAGAUUGUUCCGAUUUUUCAGUCACAAAUAUGAAUUAUAUUGAAAAUUUCAAAGUUUUACAAUGGUGAGCUUCCCUCUUAUAAAACUGGGCACAUUAGCUGUCAGGCAAAUAAGUAAACCCAUUGUCAAGAUCAUCAAGCAAACUGCCAAAUCGAAUCAAACAUUUAAUACAUAUCUAGUCAGUACACCCGCACAAAUUUACCAUUGGAUUGGGGUUAGAGCGAAAAUGCGUAUGCUGGGUAUGAAACAACCAAAGUUUGUUCCACCAUUGAACAAAACAAUGGCCAUUGAAACAGGAAGUGACCUACUCGGCGAGAUUGUUGUGUUUUCAUUAUGUGUAAGCUUGUUGUGCUUGGAGUUUUCGCGGCAAGCCCGCAAUGAGAAGUUAAAGCACCAACACCACCGGGACCAGAAGGAAAAUCUGAAAAACGAGAUAGAAUUAUUAAAUGAUCGAGUUGUGAGCCAGACUUAUGAAAUUAAAAAUCUUAAGGCCAAGCUCAUGGAAUUAGGUGUUACUUCUUGUUAAAUAAAAAGCGAGAAUGGGUUUUACAAGAAGGGAUUCGUUGUGCAAUAUAUUUUUCUCUGAUUAUAUCAAAUACAUUUGCGCCUUCUGUCACACACGAUAA